UGCGAUUGCCAGAAUUAUUAGUCGAUUUCAAGUCCAAGUAUCGUUGGAUGUGUUGAGGAGUCGUCUGCGAUACAAUAAAUAUGGCGUACCGUGGUGUGAAAGGUUCUGAUCCGUUUGUUUCGAAAACAUCGCGAAAUGAACGUUUUGCGCAAAUGUCAAAGCAAGAGCAAAUUAUUCAGCAAAAAAAGCUUGAAAUACAAGCAAAGAUGCAAGAGCAAAAAGCAAAAGAAGCUGUGGAAAACUUGAAAAAGACAAAUACGAUAGCUCCGAAUUUGAUAGAAAAUAAAACGAAUUGUUCCAAAAAAGACGAAAACAAGUCAGUGAUAUCUCAAACCAUUAAUUUAUUUGCUAAUGAUGGCAGCUUUUUGGAUCAAUUUAAAAAAAUUGCAAGUAAUAAGGUAACAGGAAAAACAGAGACGAUGUUUCCUUUGAAGAUAGAAGAAAAAAUGGAAGAAAGUGCACAGGAUAAGGAACGAAGAAGAAAUAACGACAGAAAUACAGACUGGGAAAAUAGGAAAGACCGCAGGAGGGAGGAUUCUCAUUGGGAAAAGAGUUCUGACAAAAGACAUAGCUCUUCUUCCAGUCCGUCUCCUACUAAACGUUCAGCAUCUCAAGGUCCAGAAGCUAGACAUUCAUUUAAUCAAGUAACUUCUAACGAUCAACGUAUGCAGCACAGCAAUCAACAGUUUCUUUCUCGGAAUGGAAAUCUAUCUGCUGUUCCAUCCCUUGCAUCUCAACCUAUAACGUAUCUCACAGGUGUACCAUCACCUAAUGUGAGAAGUAUCGUAACCAACGUACCUCCUCCAAAUUUAUCAAAAAUGCCUCCUCCGAAAAGUAUGUGUAGCACUUUCCCUAGACUGGAUGACCAAUCUGGAGAUCCAAGAAUGCCAAUAACAUCACCCCAUACAGUCCGUCCACCUCCACCUCCACCUCCUAUACCUGUGCAACCUGUUCCACCAAACACCAACGUACCUCCACCAAAUAUUCAUAUUUCUCGGACAAUACCAUCUAAUUUACAAAGUUUACCACCACCACCACUGCCACCUUCAACCGUUCCAUUAGCAUCUUUAUUAUCUACAUCGUCAUUAACGUUGCCAACGUCAUCAAUGUCGCCAACAUCGUCAUUGCUGUUAUCAUCCCCACCACCACCACCACCACUACCACAAUCGUCCCCAUUACUCUCAUUAUCAUCUUCCUGCUCUACUUCUUCUGCUAUCUCCUGUUGCCCCAAUUCCUCCUCCUCCUUCUCCUCCUCCACUUCUUCCUCUUCUUCGUUUACAUUGACAUCAACAACACUACAACUACCUUCACUGCUAAAAUCGCCAUUGCCGUCGCCAUCGCCAUCGUCAUCGUCACCGUCAUCAUCGUCCUCGUCAUCGUCCUCAGCAUCAUCGUCAUUGACGCCAUCGUUGUUACCGUCCUCUUCGUCAUCAUCGUCGUGAACGUAUCCUUCUAUAUUAUUGGUAUCAUCAGAAUCGAGUACGCGACGACACUUAGCUUCAACCGGACAACAAUGCGGUGUACCACCUCCUACACCAUUACAACCUAUGAACUUGCCACCUCCAAACAUUCCUCCUCCUAAUAUGUUACCAACAAUGACACAAAUGCCACCAAGCAUAAUGUCGAUUCCGGCUACGCAGACAAUCGUGGUCAGUGUACCGAAUGCGUCAAACGUGCCAAAUGUCCCAAACGUCCCACCGCCAAAUGUAAUACCAUCUGUGAUGAUGUCCGCUCCACCACCAGUCCACAAUGUUGCCUCGAAUAUGAAUUCAAUUCCAGCGCCCAAUCUUAAUAUUCCACCUCCGAAUGUACCACCCCCUUCCUUAAUUCCAAACGCCAGACCGCCGCUUUCUUUAAUGUCGACCAGUUACCCUCUUCCUAAUCAAGUCGCUCAGGUACCUAUGGGACCACCUAAUGUACAAGUGCCACCACCAGUGAGGCCAUUGACUGAUCUACAAGCCUCUGAACAGCUAGUGUGUCCCGUAGAGGCUGAGCAGCUGGCACGCAUCGUCGCUGACUGUGGGGAUGAAAUCGAACAAGAAGCACGAGAGAAGAAUGCCCAAGAUCCUAAAUUAUGGUUUCUGCACCAAAAGCAAAGUGCAGCCUAUAUGCAGUACAGGGGAUUGGUGGCAAAAUUUCGCACUGAAAAAUCCGUUAAGGAAAAUAAAAACGCCGGCGCGGAACUCUAUUGUCCGGAAGAAGCUCUCAGCGAUAAUGACGAUAGCGAUCAAGGUCCUACCGCUAACAAGCAUGUUUCACCACAAGAAAAGAAACGAGAGAGAGAGAGCGAUAACAAUUCUACAGAUCGAUCAAAGGAAGACAAUAAGGAAGAACGUAAACGAAAAAGACGUAGCCGAUGGGGUGAUCCAGAUAAUAAGGUGCCUGUAGCAGAAAUGAACACGUUAACCAGCCAUAAUAAACAGCAAAGUAGUAGUGGCUUUUCACAGCCAGGUAUCGCGAUUCCUGGACAAAUUGGACAACCGGCUGUUAUAAUUCCAUCACCAAAAGUGCAACGUACGGAAACAAAGAACCCUAUGUUAACUAAAAUAUCAAGGAACGAUCCAGCCUUGAUACAAUAUGCUCGGCAAACUUUUGGUACGUUAGAUCUCACUGAAGAGCAAUGGAAAAAAGCCGAAGAUCAUUACAAGAUAAAUCUUCUCUACCAAAACUUAUUAAGAAAAAGAGAAGAAGUAAGACGUUUAGAAGCACAGGGCAAGCACAAAUACGAAUACGACAGUGACGAAGAGACGGAAGGUGGUACUUGGGAACACAAACUCAGAUCUGCCGAAAUGGAGGCUACUCAGAUGUGGGCUGAAGAAUUGACGGCCCAAGCAGAAGGAAAGCAUCAUAUUGGUGAUUUCUUGCCACCGGAUGAACUUAAAAAAUUUAUGGAACAAUAUAACGCAGUUAAGCAAGGGAAGGAACCUGACCUAAGCGAUUACAAGGAGUACAAACUAAAAGAAGAUAACAUCGGAUUUCAGAUGCUACAAAAACUUGGUUGGAGCGAAGGACAAGGAUUAGGUAGCGAAGGCAAUGGUCGCAUCGAACCCAUUAAUAAAGCAACCAAUAGAUUCGACAGUGCUGGUUUAGGUUCCGAAAGACCGGAUGGUGUAUCCAGGGACGACGAUGAAUUCGAUGCCUACAGAAAGAGGAUGAUGCUUGCCUACAGAUUUAGGCCUAAUCCUUUGAACAAUCCUCGAAGACCUUAUUAUUGAAAAGAAGGUGACAUUAGUAGAUCGUAUUCGAGGCAUUAUAUAUCGUGAUGUUCCAUUUAGUUGGAAGAUAAAUUGUCAUUAUUUUGUACAUUUGAAAUAUAAUACUAAACGUACAGAUUACAGUUAUAGUUACAGUGACAUAAUAAAUGAAAUCCCAAUCUUGUUUCUAUUUCUAUAGAUGUUUACUCUGUUUUUCUUAUUGUAUGUAUGUACGAUUAUGAAUGCUCAUUAGAAUUAUUAAAUGAAAUAUGAACUGUGAAUGUUUUGUUACAUAUAUUAUUUGUACGUAGGUUUCAUAUUUGAUGCACCGUGCGAUAUGUAUUGGAUUGUAGAAGCAUCGAUUAAGUACAGAGUAGACGUAACAUAAUUAUAUGGGGCUU